AUGAGUGGGGCCAGGACAGCCUUGCUCCUGUCUGUAGCCCUGGCUUCUGCUGUCUGCUUCAACUUGGACACGGAGCAGCUGACCACCUUUCGCAUGCCCAGCACUGGCUUUGGACACAGCGUGGCCCAGUACUCCAGCUCCUGGGUGAUGGUCGGAGCCCCCCAGGAGAUAACAGCUCCCAACCAAACAGGCGGCCUCUACCAGUGUGACUACAGAUCGGGCUUAUGCAUGCCCAUCCAGCUCCAGGUGCCCCCUGAGGCUGUGAACAUGUCCUUGGGCCUGUCCCUGGCGGCCUCCUCCAGCCCCUCCCAGCUGCUGGUCUGUGGCCCUACUGUGCAGCAUGCAUGCAGGGAGAACAUGCACUUGACCGGGUUCUGCUUCCUGCUGAGCCAAACCUCCCAGCAGCCACAGAUGUUCCCGGCUGCCCUGCAAGAGUGCCCCAAGCAGGAGCAGGACAUUGUAUUCCUGAUCGAUGGCUCUGGCAGCAUCUCCUCCUCUGAUUUUGCCACCAUGAAGAACUUCGUGAAGGCUGUGAUGAGCCAGUUCCCCAGUCCCAGCACCCAGUUCUCCCUGAUGCAAUUCGCCAACACAUUCCAAACACACUUCACCUUCAACGACUUCGUCUCCAGCGCAAACCCUCUGCACCUGCUGGAUUCUGUGCGUCAGCUGAGGGGGACCACCCACACGGCGACAGCCAUCCUGAGGGUCGUAGACCAGCUGUUCCGUGCCUCCACUGGGGCCCGCAAAGAUGCCACCAAGAUCCUUAUUGUCAUCACUGAUGGCCAGAAAAUAGGUGACCCCCUGGGUUACGCAAACGUCAUCCCUGUGGCUGAGGCAGCGGGCAUCAUUCGCUACGCAAUUGGGGUGGGAUCAGCUUUCCAAGACAUCUAUUCCCUAAGGGAACUAACUGACAUUGCAUCGGAGCCUGAUCAUGAACACGUAUUUAGAGUGGAGAACUUUGAUGCUUUGAGAGAUAUCCAAGGCCGGCUGAAGGAGAAGAUCUUUGCCAUCGAGGGGACAGAGACCACGAGGAGCAGCGCCUUUGAGCUGGAGAUGUCCCAGGAGGGCUUCAGCGCUGUGCUCACGCCUGAAGGACCGGUGCUGGGGGCUGUGGGCAGCUUUGAUUGGUCCGGGGGUGCUUUUCUGUACCCCCCGGGCGGGAGCCCCACCUUCAUCAACAUGUCUCAGCAGAACGUGGACAUGAGGGACUCCUACCUGGGCUACUCCAGCCAGCUGGUGCUUUGGAAGGGGGUACAGAGCCUGGUCCUGGGGGCACCUCGCUACAAGCACAUGGGGAAGGUCGUCCUCUUCACCCAGACAUCCAUGCACUGGGAGCCGAGAGCCGAAGUCACAGGGACCCAGAUCGGCUCCUACUUCGGGAGCUCCCUCUGCUCCGUGGACGUGGACGGAGACGGCAGCACCGACCUGGUCCUCAUCGGGGCCCCCCACUACUACGAGCAGACGCGAGGGGGCCGGGUGUCCGUGUGCCCCUUGCCCCGGGGGUGGGCUCCGUGGCGAUGUGAGCGUGUUCUCCGCGGGGAGCAGGGCCACCCCUGGGGCCGCUUCGGGGCGGCUCUGACCGUGCUGGGGGACGUGAAUGGGGACCAGCUGGCAGAUGUGGCCAUCGGGGCCCCAGGGGAGCAGGAGAACCGGGGUGCUGUCUACCUGUUUCACGGAGCCCCGGGGCUGGACAUGAGCCCCACCCACAGCCAGCGCAUCGCAGGCGCCCAGCUCUCCCCCACGCUCCAGUAUUUUGGGCAGGCACUGAGCGGGGGUCAUGACCUCACUGGAGACGGCCUGAUGGAUCUUGCUGUGGGGGCCCAGGGACAGGUGCUGCUGCUCAGGACCAGACCUAUCCUCAGGGUGAGGGUGGACAUGCGCUUCGUGCCUGCGGAGGUCACCAGGUCUAUGUUUGAGUGUCGAGAGCCGGCGGCCUCUUUGCAGGCGCUGGGGGACGCCUUCGUCUGCCUUCAGGUUUAUGAAAGUCCCAAGAACCAGCUGGGUGAACUCAGAAGCUCUGUGUCCUUUGACCUUGCCCUUGACCCUGGCCGCCUGAAUCCCCGUGCCGUCUUCCAGGAGACAAAAACCAGGAGUCUGAGCCGAGAGGAAGUCCUUGGCUUGGACCUGUACUGCAAAACCUUGCCGCUGCUCCUCCCGGCCUGUGUGGAGGACGUGGUGACACCUAUCACCUUGCGUCUCAACUUCUCCCUGGUGGGCAUGCCCCUCCCUUCCUUUGGAGACCUCCGGCCGAUGCUGGCCGUGGAUGCUCAGACAUAUUUCACGGCCUCUCUCCCCUUUGAGAAGAACUGUGGAGCCGACCACAUCUGCCAGGAUGAUCUUGCCAUCUCCUUUGGCUUCUCGGGCUUGAAGAGCCUGGUGGUGGGGAACAACCUGGAGCUGAAUGUGGAGGUGACCGUGCGGAAUGAUGGUGAAGACUCCUACGGAACCACCGUCACCUUCUCCUACCCGGCAGGGCUGUCUUACCGACGCGUGGCAGAGGCCCAGACCCAGCUGCAGCUGCAGUCCCUGCGUCUGACAUGUGACAGCGUCCCCUCCGGGAGCCAGGACACCCGGAGCACCAGCUGCAGCCUCAAACACCUCAUCUUCCGCGGGGGCACCCAGAUCACCUUCUUGACUACCUUUGACGUCUCCCCUAAGGCUGAGCUGGGAGACCGGAUGCUUCUGACAGCCAACGUGAGCAGUGAGAACAACACGCCCAGGACCAGCAAGAGCACCUUCCAGCUGGAGCUCCCGGUCAUGUAUGCCGUCUACACCGUGAUCAGCAGCCACGAGCAGUCCACCAAGUACCUGAACUUCUCAGCCUCAGAGAAGGAGGGGAGUGGCAUGGCCCAGCACAGAUACCAGGUCAACAACCUGGGACAGAGGGACCUACCGGUCAGCAUCACCUUCUGGGUGCCAGUGGAGCUGAAUGGGGCGCACGUAUGGACGGAGGUGGAGGUCUCCCAUCCCCAGAACCCGGCCGUGCAGUGCCCUUCGGAGAAAGUGGCUGCUCCAGAGUCGGGGCUCCUGACCCACAUUCACAAAAGUGCUGUGCUGGACUGCAGCGUUGCGCACUGCCUGAGGUUCCGCUGCCACAUCCCCUCCUUCGGCAUCCAGGAGGAGCUCCACUUCACCCUGAAGGGCAACCUCAGCUUCGCCUGGGUCAGCCAGAAUCCACAAAAGAAGGUGUCGGUAGUGAGCGUGGCCGAGAUCAGCUUCAACAGGGCUGUGUACUCCCAAGUUCCGGGCGAGGAGCCCUUUAUGAGAGCCCAGGUGGAGACGGUGCUGGAGCAGUACGAGGAGCAUGACCCCGUCCCCCUGGUGGUGGGCAGCUGCGUGGGCGGCCUGCUGCUGCUGGCUCUCAUCUCAGCCACGCUGUACAAGGUCGGCUUCUUCAAACGGCAGUACAAAGAAAUGAUGCAGGAAGCAAAUGGACAGAUUGCUCAGGAAAAUGCAACGUCAGAGCCCCAAGUGGCCCAGUGA